AGCGACAACCAGAGCUCAGACUCCGCGAGCUGGGCCCAGGCUGAGCCGAGCAGAGAUCCCAGCAGGAUGCUCAGACUCCAUGAACUGGGCCCAGGCUGAGCUGAGCAGAGAUCCCAGCAGGAUGCUCCAAGCAGAGCUUCCCCUGCUCCUGACCCUCGGCCUGUCCUGGCUCUUCCCCAGGGGCAGUGGCUUUUCCUGCCCCCCCUCCUGGGCCACCCUGGUGUGGGAUGUGCCUCCCCUGCAGCUGGAGCACAGGGGCACUGCCAGGAGGGGGAUCACCACCACACAGGUGGUUUUUUGGAGCACCUCAGCCCUGUGCCUGCUGCUCCUGGGGUAUUUUUUUGGGCGCCGCCUUGCCAGAAAAGCCAGGGGACGGUGGAAAAAGGUGGGAACCUCAGAGAGCUCCUGCCGGGACGGUUCCUGCUGCAAGUCCUACUGGCUGAUGCGCCGGCUCAAGGAAGAUCCCGAGCUGAUGAAGCGCUUCCGGAAGCACCUGAGCAACUGCAGGACAUUCGCCCUGGACACACUCCAGGUUCCUUUCAACCCAAACCACUCUGUGACCCCCUCCAUUCCAGGCAAGAGAAAAAGGAAACAAGGGAAAACUUGGAAGAGGAGAUGGCGAACAUUCCCGGCUCCAGCAAGGUUCUCAGGAAGGCAGAACACUGCAGGGGUCCUCAUGAGCUGCGCUGUCCCUGCACUCUGGGCCAUCUUGGAUAAUAAAUGUUUUAGAUGCCAACUGUGUCCAAGGUAAAAAUAGCGUGGAAUG